AUUGUGCUCCAUCUGAAAACAGAAUUUAAUUGAUUUAAGACACAUGGAACAAACUAAAGAUCAAACAAAUCCCUUCUGUUAAGACCUCUGUAAAAACUGUGAUGUACGGUGGAGCAGGGCCUCUAGGAAGCAGGAUGACACAAAACAAGCCAAGCAGAGAAGGAGAGGGAGCGAGAGAGGAGAGUGUAAGGGUGGAGAAAAGGAAGAGAGAAUCUUGCUGAAAAGAAGCAUUUUUGUUGGAUGGGAGAAAAACAACCAUGGAAACUCCGUCUGAAGAAAACCAAGAGCAGUGGCAAGACAAAAGAGGGUGCUUCGAGUGCUGCAUCAAGUGUUUAGGCGGGGUGCCGUAUGCGUCACUGGUGGCUACUAUCCUCUGCUUCUCUGGGGUGGCCCUGUUCUGUGGAUGUGGCCAUGUGGCUCUCACUGGCACAGUCACCAUCCUGGAAACUCACUUCUCCAAGGUGACCAGUGAUCACGCCAUGCUGACUGACAUUAUACAGCUGAUGCAGUAUGUCAUCUAUGGCAUCGCCUCCUUCUUCUUCUUGUACGGGAUAAUUCUGCUUGCUGAGGGCUUCUACACCACCAGUGCCGUCAAAGAACUGCACAGUGAGUUCAAGACCACCAUCUGUGGACGCUGCAUCAGUGGAAUGUUUGUUUUCCUCACAUACAUCCUGGGUGUGGCCUGGCUCGGUGUGUUCGGCUUCUCCGCCGUGCCGGUCUUCCUUUUCUACAACAUGUGGUCCACCUGUGCCACCAUGAAGUCCCCCAUGGCCAACCUCACCAACAUUGACUCCAUCUGUGUGGAUGUUCGUCAGUAUGGAAUCAUCCCUUGGAAUGCCACACCGGGCAAGGCGUGUGGAUCUACGCUAGGCGACAUCUGCAACACCAGUGACUUCUACCUGUCUUAUCACCUGUACAUCGUGGCGUGCGCUGGGGCUGGAGCCACUGUGAUCGCUCUGAUCCACUUCCUCAUGAUUCUCUCUGCAAACUGGGCCUACCUUAAGGAUGCCAGUCACAUGCAUGCCUACCAAGACAUCAAAAUGAAGGAAGAGCGGGAGCUGCAGGACAUCACAUCACGCUCAAAGGAAUGCCUCAAUUCCUACACAUAAGGAUAAAACACACUUACACACACAGUCCACAGAUAAACUUGUACACACUCAUGUUAAAAAACAACACACACACACACACACACGCACAUACACACUGUGGCCAAACACUGCCGGCCCAUUUGGACCAAGACAACGCUCGGCUCAGCUAAAAUGACCUGCCAACUGCCUUGAUACUGUGCAGUACUAACCAGGCUCUAACAAACUAACGCAUCAGUGUUGCUUUCUGCACUAACUCGCUUCUCAAAAGUUUAAUUUUUGCUGUUUUCUUUUUUUAUGAAGGGAAAAAAAGGAGUUUUGGAAUGUGAUAUUCAUGAAGUGUUUGGUUUUCUUCAGCCUCUUUUAACGCCAGUGAAGCUUAAGACAUUGCACUAUUGUUAAACAAUGCAUAACAAUGAAACGUUGGUUUUCCAUUCUUGCUCUGUCUUUCUUGAAGCUGUGUCCUCCAGUUUUCAACAUCCUAUGUGUUCCAUUUAUUUUCUCCAAUUACAAAUGCAGAUGAAGAUUACACUACAUGAAAGGCCUUCUGUCCAGUCUGAGUCUGUCACCUUUAGAUCCGCUGACAGUUUGUUUAACCUUACAGAAAGUGAUGACUUUUAAGAUGCAAACCCAGCUCAUACAUGUCAUUUAAACUUGGUGAAAACUCACAUUCUCAACAUUCUAAUUUCAUUGUACUCCUCUCUUUUUAAAAAUCACUCGGAUCAUUCAUGGCCUACAUCGACACUACCUCAGAUAUGCACUAGAGCCUACGGAUCAUUUUUAACAGAAACAAAUCAAAUGCUUCUCCCACACUUUCUCCCAAAGUGUGUUUUGAAAUUUCUGUAUUAUUGUUGAAACAUGGAUUUAUUAGUGUCACUGCCAAGCCCACAGGUAGCGACAUCUUUUAAAUCACAGAAAGACAGGGUUGAAUUUGUACACAUAAUGCCAUAAGAUGAACUUGCUCGGUGAAAAUGGACUGCUGCCAACAAUAAGGACAAGAAGGUAUUAAAUACCUUCAACGUUUGGUCCUUUGAUACUCAUUCAUGCCAAUGAGAAAGUUCUCUGAUCCAACAAAACUGCUUCUUCAGCCAAUAUCUAAUGUAAUAUCUCAUCUUAUAUUGUUGUUGAUUUUUUAAAUCGUCCCAUAAAACAAGUGUAACUACAUUCAAUGUGGAAUGGUACUGUGGAGAACCCGAUGGCUCAAGAGCUACAAGUGUGAAAAAUGUUCACUUGCAACAAGUCCAGAUAUUUUUAGUGUUUUGUUACUGAAACAACUUAAGUUCUUUUUCUUAAUUUUCUAUAAUUGCACCUGUUUUUAUGUGCAAUUGUUAUAAUGCUGAAAUAAUUACUCAUGUAAUCUUUUUAUGACUAUUAGUUGAGUUACAGGGAUAACUUGAUGUUUCUUUGUUGCGUGAACUGUUUCAGUGCAGUGACACGUAAUGUACAGAAGUGUAUACUGACAUCAGUAGUAGGCAGUGUUUGCCUGUUUCCUUUUUUUUUCUCUAACUGAAUACAAAUUAAUCAAGCCUAUGUAGCCCAUUAGUUCUAGCCGUUUUUUUUUAGGUUCCUUAAUUCAAGUCAGAACAAGAGUCUAUGAUUAUUUUGUUGCCUGAUAGUAAACCUGUCUUUUUUUCUAUGAAUGUCAAGGGCUUCCUCAUUAGUUAUUGAACUUGUAACAGAUAAUAACUAGCUGCAACACAAGUCAUUAAAAAAAAAAAAAAAGUUUAAAAAAAUAGUGCAGCAAUCUAAAUGGUCAAUUUAGCCAAAGUAUGAAUGCCAUUGUGAAGAAACUGCCAGGGUUUACAGAUGUUAAUAAUAAGAGUGUCAACAUCUGGUCUCUGUAUGCUGUGGUUUCUUAUUGAUGCACCAAAAAGGAAGGAAUAAAGGCUACCUAAUAAUCACCAGGAGGACAACAAUCUAGCAUCCUGUCUGACUGGAAACCCCCUUUAUGACAUUAUUCAACUGGCCUGUUGACGGUUUUUAUGAAAAUAAAAAAUGUAAACAAACUU